AGAAGUAAUCGCAAAAAGUAAAAAAAAAAAAGAAAAGAAAAAAAAUAAUUUGCGAACGUCGUAUCCAUCGUUAACUUUCGACAAAUUAUUAUCGUCUAUGUCUUUCGUGAAUGAGAACGUGUAUGCUCGUUGGAACGAACGAACGAACGAACGAACGAACGAACGAACGAACGUACGACCGAGUGAACGACUAACAACCAACCAACCAAACAACCAACCAACCAAGGGAAGGCAUGGAACGUAUUUAGGUUGGUCCACGACAAAUUUAGAUCAGUGCGUGUGAGAGUCGCCAUCGGCCUAGUGAAACUAUUGCACCGAGUAAACGCCAUUUACUUUUCUUUAAUUAUUCGACGUGUCUCGACGUUAUCGAAAAUAAAUUGAAAAGGAAGAAAAGGACAAAGAAAAAAGAGAAAAAAGAGAAAUGGAGAAAUAUCAACGUAUAAAAAAAUUAAUCACGUUUCCGUGACGAUUUCAUUGUGUGAAAAAAGAAAAAAAAAAAAAAAUCAUCGAAAGAAAAAAACGUAAAGAAACGUAGGAAAAAAGAAGAGACUAGAAAAAAAAAAGAAAUGAAAAAAAGUCCCCAGUGAUAAUAAUUGUGAUGAAAGAAGAUCAGUGAUUGACGAUCUAUAUUAUUUUUAACAUUUCGAUCGUAUGAUUACUUAAAAGACAAAAAUCAUUCAUUCUCAAAAGUGAUACCUACAACUGACUGCCAGUAUUAUAUCUAUUAUGGCUUCGUACCGACGCAACGUCGUUCUACCUUUCAUCGUGUUAACUCUCUUAAAGCUGCUUCCGUACAAUCAGGGCGCUUCUCGACCCAUAAAAAUUGGUGCUAUCUUUCAUCAAGAUGAAAUGGAAUAUAAAGCAGCCUUUGACAGAGCCAUCUUAGAUACAAUACAAGAAAAUCCAGCACCGGCAUUCAAAUUACAAUCGAGUAUCAAAAUGGUGGAUAGUAAUAUCGAUAGUUUUAAAACUAAACUCGCAGUCUGCGAACUUUUGGAGGAAGGCGUGGCGGCGAUCUUUGGGCCCUCAAGCCCUCACACGCGAGGUAUAGUCGCUAGUAUAGCUACGCACUUCGACAUACCACAUUUUGAAUAUGUUUGGCGUGAACAAGAAAAAUUAGAUCCCAACGUAAACGAAAGUCUUACGCCAAUGACGAUCAAUAUUUAUCCAGACAGUGAAAUGGUCAGCAAGGCUAUCGCGGAUGUUGUGAUUUGGAACGAAUGGAAAAGCUUCGUGGCGAUUUACGAAACGAACGACGGACUGUCAAGGAUUCAAAAAGCUCUUACGAUGAAAAGGCAAAGGGAUAAUCCAAUCACGAUUCGUCAUCUUGGCACUGGUCCUGAUUAUCGUUCUAUAUUAAAAGAAGUCGGUACGCUACCGAUCGAUAACAUUAUUCUCGACGUUAAACCGGAGAAUAUAAUGACUAUUUUAUAUCAAGCAAAGGAAGUCAAUUUGAUUCGAGAGUAUACGAAUUUCAUCAUAACCUACAUGGACUCAUCGAAACUACCAAUUCUGGAAAUACGAAAUGGCACAACCCAGGGUAACAUUACGGGUUUCAGUCUGCGACAGAAUAAUGUCGACGGUAUCAACUUGGCAGAGAGUGCGGUCCUUUAUGAUGCUGUCUUCCUUUUGUACAAUGCUUUGAAAAUCCUAUAUGCAAGGAACAAUGAUAACGAUGAUUCUAUUUCUAUCAUCCCGGUACCGCUCUCUUGCGACGAUGAAAAGAAAUAUGAGGCAGGUCCCAACAUUACCAGCAUCAUACGAGAGGUACCAAUGAAAGGACAAAUAACAGGAUUAAUCUCUUUCGAUGAGAUUGGUCGUAGACGUAACUUCGAACUUCGUCUUUUGGAUUUUCGUGGUUUUAGCAGUAUCGAAAUGGGAUAUUGGGAUGAAAAAGGUGUUCAUUCUACUCGCAGUAAACAGGAACUUGAAAGUUAUUUGUUCAAAUCUAUCGAACAGACUCAUUUCAGGAUUGCCACUAAAGUGGGCGAACCAUACGUAAUAGAAGUGACCGAUGGAUCAACUCGAGGUAUAGCGAUCGAUAAAAAAUAUUACGAAGGAUAUUGCAUAGACGUUAUCGAGAAUAUUGCCAAGAUUCUCAAAUUCAAAUAUUCCUUUAUGUUGGUACCUGAUAAUCAAUAUGGUUCGUACAAUCCCAAAAAAAAAUCUUGGAACGGUUUGAUGAGAUUACUUUUAGAUCACGAAGCUGAUCUUGCAAUAUGCGAUUUAACUAUAACGUCAUCGAGAGAAAGUAUAGUGGAUUUUACAAUGCCAUUUAUGAAUCUUGGCAUCAGUAUAUUAUUCAGUAAGGCUGAAGAGAAGGAGCCUGAACUUUUUUCUUUUCUAAAACCAUUGUCUACCGACGUCUGGAUAUAUAUGGCUACUGCUUAUCUGAUAGUCUCUUUGAUGUUAUACUUACAAGCUAGAAUGGCACCGGGAGAAUGGAACAAUCCUCAUCCAUGCAAUCCUGAUCCCGAGGAACUAGAAAAUAAUUUCGACUUGAAGAAUUCAUUGUGGUUGACCGUAGGCUCGCUUAUGCAACAAGGUUCCGACAUUCUACCGCAAGCGCCAUCGAUACGUAUGGUCGCCGGAAUGUGGUGGUUCUUCACACUGAUUAUGGUCUCGAGUUACACCGCAAAUUUGGCAGCGUUCCUGACCAUCGAUAAAAUGGAUAAUCCUAUUACAAAUGUCGAGGAACUUGCAAAACAAACUAAAAUCAAAUACGGUGCGGUUGAUGGAGGAUCGACUUCGGCUUUUUUCAGAGAUUCGAAUUAUUCGACUUAUCAACGUAUGUGGGCUACCAUGGCAGAGGCAAGACCAUCUGUCUUUACGGCAACAAACGAUGAGGGAGUCGAACGUGUGGUUAAAGAUAAAAGGGCAUAUGCAUUUUUAAUGGAAUCAACGACGAUCGAAUAUAAAAUGGAAAGAAAUUGUGAUCUACAACAAAUUGGUUCGUUGAUCGAUAACAAGGGUUACGGGAUAGCUUUGCCACGUAAUUCACCAUACAGAACACCGAUAAGUGGUGCAAUAUUGACUCUACAAGAAAAAGGUACAUUGUCGGAAUUGAAAACAAAAUGGUGGCAGGAACGGGGCGGUGGUAAGUGUAAGAAGGAUGAAAGUGAUAAGGAUGCAAAUUCGAUCGAAUUAGGAUUGGCCAAUGUAGGAGGUGUCUUUCUCGUAUUGAUGUUGGGUUGUGCAGCGUCUCUUAUCAUCGCCAUAUUUGAAUUUCUUUGGAACAUACGUAAAGUUGCGGUCGAAGAAAAGAUCACUCCUUGGGAGGCUUUCAUAGCAGAAUUGAAAUUCGCCAUUAAUAUCAGUCUCGAAACGAAACCAGUAAAAAUAUCAAAAAGUAGUAUCGGCACUAGUAGUUCAACGGAAGGUGGUAUAGGUAGAGCAGCAUCAACGGCACGAUCCAUCGUUGGUUCCUUUUUACGAUUGGACAUUUUGGAUAAAUUCGAUAAAGACAACAAUCCUAACAAUCGCGGCAACGAUAGAAAAAUUAAUUGAA